AUGAAGACCCUCGCUCUUCUUGGUGCUGGAAUUGCCCACGGCGCAGAUCCGCAGUCGAUUCUGGACUGCCUUGCCGGAUCUGGCGGGCCGAGUUGCACCGUUCUUGAAGCGGAUGCGAACGUCGCUGGGCAACUUUCCACACCACACCACUACGCAGCAAAUUCCGUCUAUGCUUUUCGGGUUUCUCUGUCGGGUAAUAUGACCACUCAUGUGGACUGGAGCUUCGCUGAGUUUGAGGUCGAUCACUCUGACGACGGUCUCUGCUCACACGACCAGGUUUACAUCUUUGACGCCGAUGAUAACGCCAUCGGCCCAUUCUGCGGAUUCGAUGAUGCCUUCGCUGAUCCCACCAAUGUCGACUACGACUACAACUACGAUAGUCUCCUCGGCAUCAACAAUCUUGGUGACUACGCCGGCCAGAACUCGCAAACCUACGAGCUCCGAAUGGGUUUGAUCACCGAUGAUCUCGUUCAGAACUACGGAAUCGUACUCAAUUAUGCUGCGAGCUACAAGCCAUGUCCCGAUGGAUUCAUCUACGAGAACAACGAGUGCGUCGAUGCUGACGAGUGUUUGGGCGAGGGUACUGGACAUGCUUGCGCAACAACCGAAGAAUGUGUCAACUCGUAUUCUAGCUACCAGUGCGGUUGUGAUGAUGGAUAUGAUAUCAUCAACCAUAGAUGUGUUGACAUCGACGAGUGCGCUACUAACGAUGGUGGAUGUACUGCCGACAGUACCUGUAAGAACUUCAAAGGUACAUUCUUGUGUGAAUGUCUCCAGGAAGGCUACGGCUACGAUGAUGUCAAUGGCGGUUGCUCCGACGUCGACGAAUGCGCUGACAACACUUGCUCUGUCGCCGCUCAGUGCACCAACUUGGAUCCUGGAUACAGCUGCGUCUGUCCCGACGGAUUCGACGACGUCAACGGGGAUGGUACUAUCUGUGAUUUCACAGGCUAUCCAACUGGUUGGCUCUUCCGACCCCAGUUCGACCUGAACCACGAUAUUUACAUCUCGCCUGAGCCAUUUACCAGCUUUAGCAACUUGAACUUCCAUGCUUUCAAAAAGGGUGUAACAAUCAUCCUCUGCGAGGAAUAUUUCCGAGUUCCUUACGGCCUCAUUCAAUCUGGCAAGAAAUAUGCAUGUAACGAUGCUACUCAGCGAUUUGCUACCUCUCGAUACACCAACCAGGGAGGAUUUGAUUGCUACUUCAGCGACUACACCGUCACUUGUGGGAAUGGAAACUUCAUCGCUCUCGACAGCUACAUCGCCAGAGCUAAUCAGCCAACCAUCGUUUGGGACUCUGAUACCGGAAACCAGUACACUGAAGUUUCCAACCAGCAAGGUCUCAUCAUCGACACUGGUAUCUCCGUCGAGGAAGAAGACUUCGAAACUGCUGCUGCAGUCUGUUUGGCUCAUGGUGGACAAUUGUUCAACGAAGAAGUCGACAUGUACACUCCCGCUUCUUCUUAUACCGACUGCAGUGAGUACAUGAACGUGUGGAGCAAGGCCCACGGUCGACUCAGGCAGAUCGAAAAAGACGGUUUUGAACCAGGAAUCACCGACACAGUCUACACUGGCUACAAAGUCAACGAUGCAGGUACCGACUGGUGCUUCUUCGAUGGUGUCACUUGCACUGAUACCCUUUCCCAGACACCAAUUGGUGCUUACAUUGAUGCCAACAACGGCUGGAUUGCUACUCCUGGCGACCCAGACUGUAGCAUUUCCAUGAUUGCUACCGCCAUCAACAAUGCUAUCCAACAAGCUCAGUCUAACCUUAUUGGUGCUACUCUCAACGUGGGAGAUUGCUUAUUCUGGGACUAUUCUACCGACAAGUACGUCAUUCAAGCUUGCACUACCAAGGCACGAUUCGUUUGCGAACGACCAUCUUGGGAUUGUUCCGUCAACAACGGAGGAUGCACCGACGUCUGUAACCCCGCUGGAUACUGCGAGUGCCCAGAUGGCGAGUUCCUGACCUCCUUCAAUACUUGCGAGCCAAUUCCAGAUCUCACUGGAAUGGAAUGCUACCCCGACCGAAUGGUUGCUUACUUCAGCGCUGCUGACUUCACCAAUGCCGAAGAUCUCAACCUCUUGGACUCGAACUGUAACGAGACUAGCUACCACAUCGUUCCCAUGGGUGAUCGAUACCGAGUCGAAGUCAAACUUGACGAGUGCGGAACCACUGUCGCCUACGAUGAUGUCUUCGAGACCAUCACCUUCACCAAUGCAAUCACAUCCGGCAUCGACAUGAACGCUAAGAUCAACAUGAAGACUCGAAUGAACCAGGAGUUCUCUUGCGUCUACAGCGCUAAUGUCAACAUCGGUGAUACCGACGUCAAUGUUACCAGUACCAUGGCUUCCCAUGAUGGCGAGAACAUCGGAACCUUCGCCUUCCAGCUCGAUCUCUACACUUCUGAUGCCUUUGCUGAGCCAGCUGUUGGUCCAUUCCGAGUCGGAGAGAAGAUGUACUUCUCUAUCACUCAGAACCCAUCUGUUUCCAACACUGUUUUCCGUGCUACCAAGUGCACCGUCUGGAACAACGAUUUGACCCUCGACUACAAUCUCUGGACCAAUGGAAAUAACCCAGAGCCUUUCACAGGCAUCGAACGAUGGGAACCGUUCUACUUUGACGCAACUUCUACCGCUACCUGCGCCGCCAAGGACUUCGAUCGAUACUCGUACACCGUCUUCGAGUUUAUCGAUGAGAACCACCAGCCAAUGACCAACUCGACCGUCCAUGUCCACUGCGACAUCCAGGUCUGCGUCGCCGAGGACGACAUGACAGCCAGGCGAGGGGAGUAUGAAGAAAAGCAAGUGGUAAAACAAAAUGAGCUUUGUUUUGGACACUCAGCAGGAGUCGUCGGAGAUUGCCAAGGAGAUUCAGGCGGAGGGGCUGCUUGUAUGAUCGACGGAAAGUGGACAAUCAUGGGAGUUAUCAGCAACGGAAAAGGCUGUGGCGAAGUAAAUCGUCCUGGAAUCUACAUGAAAACCGCUGCGUUGAAAAAUCUUCGCUGGAUUCACGAAAUUUUGCAAAAUAAAUCGGCGUGA